CAGCACUGAGUGGAGCUGAGCCGGGUGCUGUAGCUGGUGGGAGGAAGUCCUGAAGGCCAUGGACACUCAGCCACUGGGAUCUCCGAGAUGAGCAGCAGCUGCUCAGGGCUGAGCAGGGUCCUGGUGGCUGUGGCUGCAGCCCUGGUGUCUGUCUCCUCUCCCUGCCCCCAGGCCUGGGGCCCCCCAGGGGUCCAGUAUGGGCAGCCUGGCAGGUCCAUGACGCUGUGUUGCCCUGGAGUGACUGCUGGGGCCCCGGUGUCCUGGUUUCGGGACGGGGAGACAAGGCUGCUCCAGGGACCCGACUCUGGGCUCGGCCACGAACUGGUCCUGGCCCGGGCAGAAAGCACGGACGAGGGCACCUAUAUCUGCCGGACCCUGGAUGGUGCACUUGGGGGCAUGGUGACCCUGCAGCUGGGCUACCCCCCAGCCCGCCCUGUGGUGUCCUGCCGAGCGGCUGACUAUGAGAACUUCUCCUGCACUUGGAGUCCCAGCCAGGUUAGCGGCUUACCCACCCGCUACCUCACCUCCUACAGGAAGAAGACCGUGCCAGGAGCUGACGGCCAAAGGAUGAGUCCAUCCACAGGGCCCUGGCCAUGCCCACAGGAACCCCCAGGGGCUGCCCGCUGUGUAGUCCAUGGAGCAGAGUUCUGGAGCCAAUACCGGAUCAAUGUGACCGAAGUGAACCCCCUGGGGGCCAGCACACGCCUGCUGGAUGUGAGCCUGCAGAGCAUCUUACGCCCUGACCCACCCCAGGGGCUGCGUGUAGAGUCGGUACCUGGCUAUCCUCGCCGCCUGCGUGCUAGCUGGACAUACCCUGCCUCCUGGCCCCGCCAGCCCCACUUCCUGCUCAAGUUCCGGCUGCAGUACCGUCCAGUGCAGCAUCCAGCCUGGUCCACGGUGGAGCCGGCUGGAUUGGAGGAAGUGAUCACGGACGCCGUGGCUGGGCUGCCCCAUGCCGUGCGGGUCAGUGCCCGGGACUUUCUGGACGCAGGCACCUGGAGCGCCUGGAGCCCGGAAGCCUGGGGGACUCCGAGCACCGGGCUCCUACUGAAGGAAAUACCAGCUGGGAGCCAGCAACACUCACAGCCAGAGGAAGAACCUCAGGCGGACAGCCCCACUCCCCCAAGACCGUCCCUCCUACCUGACCCGCGGCCACUUGACCACAGAGACCCCCUGGAGCAGGUGGCUGUGCUGGCAUCUUUGGGAAUCUUCUCUCUCCUGGGACUGGUGGCUGGGGCCCUGGCAUUGGGGCUCUGGCUGAGACUGAGACCAGAUGGGAAGGACGGACCCCCAAAGCCUGGGUUCUUGGCCCCCAUGAUUCCAGUGGAUAAGCUUCCAGGAGCCCCCAACCUGUAGAGGACCCUGGAGGGCUUCAGCUGACUCCAUCUAUAACUCUGUCUUGUUGGUGUGGAUGGAUGGACAGGACAGUAGAUCCCCAUGGAGGCGGGUCUCGGCUGGAAGUUCUGUUUGGAGCCCAUUUCUAUGAGACUGUUCCAAACCUGCCAGCUAAAAGGUGCCUGGACCUCUGACUUCAUCCCAGAGCUGGAGGUCCACCUGAGGAAUGUGUGUAGAUGUGUAUGCUUGUGUCCAUGUGUGCCCAAGUGUAUGUGAGGCAGGAAAUGUGUGUGCUCUGCAUGUAUGUAAACAGGUGCAUGGAGUGUGUGUGUGGGUCCUCGGCUCUUGGCCUUGCCCCGGUGGGGGUUGUGAAGGCAUGAAUAAAGAGAAUGAGGAGGUU